UAAGUCGACAUUAGCAUGUAAUCCCAUAAACUACUCUUCUCUCGUUUCCACCCCACGUGCUUUCUCCUUCACUUCCUCUUUCUCUCUCCUCUCUUAAUUACCAGUACUCCACUACUCACCACACCACUUUUUCCAUCUUUCUAUUUAUAGUACCUUCACUCUCUCCUAUAUUUAGCUUAUUUAUCAUGCUUUCUUUUCUAUCCCCUUUUUCUUCCUAAUUUCUCCUUUCUUUACAAUUCACAAAAUUUUAUAAAUAAGAAGAAAAUCCCAAUUAAAUUGGACAAAAAAAUAAAUUUGAACAAAAUGGAAAAGUACGAGGUAAUGAAGCAAUUGGGUGCCGGGAAUUUUGGAGUUGCCAGAUUAAUGCGUCAUAAAGAAACCAAAGAACUUGUUGCCAUGAAAUACAUCGAACGUGGUCAAAAGAUUGAUGAGAAUGUAGCAAGAGAAAUCAUCAAUCACAGGUCGCUUCGUCACCCUAACAUUAUUCGAUUUAAGGAGGUGGUAUUGACACCAACCCAUCUAGGAAUUGUGAUGGAAUACGCGGCCGGUGGUGAACUCUUUGACCGAAUUUGCACUGCUGGUCGUUUUAGCGAGGAUGAGGCAAGAUAUUUCUUCCAGCAGUUGAUCUCAGGUGUUAGCUUUUGCCAUUCCAUGCAAAUUUGUCAUAGAGAUUUGAAAUUGGAGAACACAUUGUUAGAUGGAAAUGCAGCUCCCCGCCUGAAGAUAUGUGACUUUGGUUAUUCCAAGUCAUCUCUUCUGCAUUCAAGGCCGAAAUCCACGGUAGGGACUCCAGCAUACAUAGCACCUGAAGUACUUUCGAGGCGAGAAUAUGAUGGCAAGUUGGCAGAUGUGUGGUCCUGCGGAGUAACUCUAUAUGUUAUGCUGGUCGGAGCAUAUCCCUUUGAAGACCCUCAGGAUCCAAAGAAUUUCAGAAAGACAAUUACGAGGAUUAUGGCUGUCCAGUACAAAAUUCCCGAAUAUGUUCAUAUAUCACAAGAUUGCAAGCAUUUGCUUUCUCGUAUUUUCACUACCAAUCCAACAAGGAGAAUUACCCUCAAGGAAAUCAGAAGCCAUCCAUGGUUCUUAAAGAAUCUCCCAAAAGAACUAACCGAACAAGCUCAAGCCGCCUACUACCAAAGAGAUAACCCAAGCUUCGCUUCUCUGCAAAGCGUGGAAGAGAUCAUGAAAAUUGUGGGGGAGGCAAGGAACCCUGCUCCUGUAUCAAGGCCUGUCCCAGGAUGGGAGAAUGAGAAUGAAGAUGAUAAUGAUGAAGAUGCAGAAGAAGUAGAAGAAGUAGAAGAAGAGGAUGAAGAGGACGAGUAUGAUAAGACAGUGAAACAGGUUCAUGCAAGCGGAGAGUUUGUUAUCAGUUAAGUUGGCAUAAUUGCCAUUGUAGACAAUAUGUUUUAUAAAACUUAUGUUUAUCAAAGUGUGCAUAGGUGGCAUAAGCUAGUGCUCCAAAAAUUUGAAAAGAUUUAAGAUAAUGGUUAUGGUUGUAAGCCUGUAACUUGGUACUGUUAGUUUGUACAAGUAUAGGAGCACUAAAAACUGGCACUAUUUUUUUCCCUUGUUUUUAUUGUUGAAUAUUUGAAGUGUACUAUCUUUUUCAUGUGGUCUCGUGGACACUGUCACAUUGAAGUGUUACAAACUCCACUUUAUAGUAAUUGUAGAAUGCUCCCUCUAUCCCUUA